CUUAAAUGCAAACACUUUUCAAAUGAUCGCAACUUUUCACAUGUUUUCGCAUUAAUUGUGUUUAAAUUGAUUGACAUUUAAAACCCAUUUAUCGCUCGUUUUUAAUAUAAUAUUCAUUUACAAGACCUCUUCAUAAGAGAUGUAUGAAGUACUGCACCGACAGGAGGGCGCCCACGACGACGGCAUAUGGAGUGUGGGGUGGGCUCGAGGGGUGUCCGACGGCAUUGAACACAUCGUGACCGGCAGUCUGGACGACACGGUUAAGGCCUGGAAAUGGGAUGACGAAAGUCUGGAUCUCCGGUAUAUCUUCGAAGGACACGCUCUGGGAGUGGUGUCAGUGGAUGUGGACAGCAGUGGCAGUAUAGCCGCGUCUAACUCAUUGGACAGUCACAUCCGAGUGUGGGAUCUGGUGUCUGGCGCUCAGGUGCAGAGCAUAGACGCGGGACCAGUGAAUGCCUGGACAGUGACCUUCUCUCCCGACUCCAAACUGAUAGCCACUGGAAGUCAUUCCGGGAAAAUUGUCUUAUAUUCUGUGGGAAGUGGCGAGAAGUCUGAACAGAGCUUAGACUCGACCGGAAAAUACACGCUUAGCAUAGCUUUCAGACCAGAUGGUCAACAGAUAGCCAGUGGAGCCAUCGAUGGUAUGAUUAAACUAUUCGAUAUCGAAACGGGCAAAAUGGUGUCAACGCUGGAAGGACACGCUAUGCCUAUCCGUUCCCUCACAUUCUCACCCGAUUGCAGACAUUUGAUCACUGCUUCAGACGACUGUCACAUUAAGAUCUAUGACGUGCCCACCGGAGAGCUCAUAUCAACCCUCUCAGGACACGGCUCUUGGGUUCUAAACGUGGACUUCUCGGCCGACAACAGACACUUCGCGUCCGCAUCUUCUGAUAAGACUGUGAAGGUAUGGGACGUGGAGACCAGGGAUUGUAUUGAGACGUUUGAACAGCACACGGAUCAGGUCUGGGGAGUCAAAUACAACAGCAACGGCAGCCGAUUAGUGUCGGUGUCGGACGACCACUCCAUCAUUAUCUACAACUGUCCGCUUUGAUCACUGGCUGUUUGAACUGCACAGACGGUUGCCGUGCUUUUCAGGCCAACUCUUGUCCCUUUCGUCCUUUACUUGACUCCCAGUGCCGACGACUGUCUCUCCAUUUUCAUCCAUUUCUUCAAUUGCUUUCCCCGGCAGUGAUUCUACUGUUUUAUUGAAAC